AUGGCGUCGAGAGCGUCCGGCAACUCCGUGCCCAGCCUCAUGGAGGGGUACCUCGGGAAAAAGGGCAAGCGGAUGGGGAGCCGCGUCAAGCGGUACAUGCGGCUGGACGGCGCGAUUCUGAGCAACCACCACGCGGCGGGCGCGCCACCGAGCUGGCGCGUCAACGUCAAGGACGCCGUGAUCGGCCACCACGCCAAGCGCCACAAGGUCACCAUCGAGUUGUACAACAACAAGCUGGAGCUGUACGCCGAGUCUGCGCGCGAGAGCUCGCAAUGGUUCGACGCCCUGCGCAACGCCAAGAAGAAGGCCGCCUCGCGCGACGCCGCCCCCUCCAACGACUCCAUGCCCGCCGCCAGCGUCGACCUCCCCGCAGACAUCGACGCCUCCCGCUCCCGCUCGCAAGCCGACCCCGUCGAGGACAGGCAGGACCGCCCCGCUAACGCACGCGCCCACCUCAGUAACAACUUCAAGGUCGUCAAGCCCGCUUCCAGGAACGUCUCAAGCACAGACUCGUCGGGCUCCGAUGAGGCGUACGAAGGCGGCCCGCUCGUCGUUCAGGGACAGGUCUACGAGGAGACCCCCGCCUCGAUGAUCUUCAAGCAGUUUACGUUCCCGGCAAAGUAA